AUGGGCAAGAUGAAGAGAGGUCAUAGUGAUGACAUCUUCCCUGGGCUAGAAGGGACUAUCGAUGUACAAAUGUCCAAUGUCCCCCUGUGGAACUGGCACUUGGGAGCCGCUGGUUACAGUUCCGACCCGGCCAAGUCCAAGAACCACACCAUACACAACCAAUCCCGAAAAUGGCGCAGAAAUGGUAUCAAGAAACCCCGGUCACAAAGAUACGAACCUCUUCAGGGGGUGGACCCCACAUUCCUGAGGAACAUGCACUUUGCCGAGAAACACAACAAGAAAGGCUUGAAGAAGAUGCAGGCCAACAACGCAAAGGCAGUGAGUGCGCGUGCAGAGGCCAUCAAGGCCCUUGUGAAGCCCAAGAUGCCAAAGGGCCCCAGCCGCAGGCUCAGCCGUCUCGCUUUCAUCACUCACCCCAAGCUCGGGAGGCAGAUUAGAAGCUACCUGGCCAAGGGUCGUAGGCGUAGGCUCUGCCAACCAAAGCCCAAGGCUCAAACCAAGGCAGAGGGUUCAGCUCCAGCUCAGGCUCCCAAAGGAGCCCAGGCCCCUGUGAAGGCCCCAUAG